ACCAUGAAGGUUGGUAGAUAAUUUUGCUAUAUUGCACCGUUGAGCGGCUACACAGAACUAAUCGCGCCGCCCGCCGAGAACGACGACCGGAGCUCUCCGUUCAUUCUCCGACAUACAUAAGCUCAGCCUUCUCUCUCCCUUGUCGGAAACACAAUGAGUGUUACUCUCCAGUCUCUACUGCUGGGAAAACCUAGCCCCAGCUCCAGCUUUUUACUGAAGACGAGACCUCAGAUCAUAUUACCCUCUUCUCUUCACCUCCAAUCUGUCGUUCGUCCUCAAUUCAAUCGUCUUGCGGCUUCCAACGUCUCUACUAGACAAUUCCUCAGUUUUCCCCUUUUCCGUAAGGGUUCUAGGAACCAAUUGGUUUUCUCCUGCGCAGCCGCCGACGAAAAAUCGAAUCCUUCAGAUGAUGAAAGUGCAGAGAUAAAGAAUGAUCUUUCAAAUGAAUCACAAGAGGCAUGGGCAGAGUUACUUGCGUCUUUCAAAGAACAAGCAAUCAAAAUGCAAAGUGUUUCACAAGAAGCAUAUGAGCUGUACUCCAAAAAGGCUAUGGUCAUUCUAAAGGACACUUCAGAACAGUUGAAAAUUCAAGCUGACAAAGCAACACAGGAUUUGAGUGUGAUUGCCAAAGAAACCAGUGAAGAGGCUAAAGAAUAUCUAACCGCAGCAGCAGAGACAUCUCCUGAACCAGUGAGAGAUAUUGUUGAAACUUUCUCUACCUCAGAUGUCGAUAUUAAGGAAAUCUCUGAAUUACGCGACUUUUACCUUGGAAUACCUUAUGGUGGCCUUCUUUUCUUUGGUGGCUUUGUGUCCUUCAUGCUAACAGGGAACAUUUCUGCCAUUAGAUUUGGCAUUAUCCUUGGUGGUCUUCUGUUGGCCUUGAGCAUCUCUAGUCUGAGAGCAUGGAAAAAAGGAGAACAAUAUCCUCUGGCCUUGAAGGGACAAACAGCGAUUGCAAGCAUAUUAUUCAUAAGGAAUCUACGUGCCUUCUUUGAGGUUACAACUGUGUUCAAUUUUUUCCCUGUCUUCCUAAGUGGAGCAAUGUCGAUAUUCUAUAUAUACCGAAUCUUAGUAAGCCGAGGAAAUACAAAAAGAUCAAACAUCAAUCAUGGGACUGAAAGUUGAUUCCCUGGUGCAUUAGACUGAGAUCAGAUGUCUUCUUCAGAGAUCAGAAAAAUCUUCGUGUUUGGAGGGAACUAACUAGACAUAGAAGUUAUUUGAGAAGUGUAAUGGUAUUAUUGUUGUCUUUCAGGGAUAUUUCAAUUUUCAAGAAGAGUUUGUUCAUCUAUGUUGCAACUAUAAUACUACUCUUAUUUAAGUAUUUGCAUCAUGCUAAGAUUGUUAUUUUAAAGUAUUAUCAGUAAAAUACUUAUGAAUUGAUUUGAU